AUGAAAUUGUUAGUCGUUUUUGUCGCUUUGGCGGCUGCGCAAAAAGAUGGAAAGAGGAAGAAAGGAAAACUUGGAAGAGAUAGAUUUCCGAUGGAUGGAGAAGAUCUUAAAUUUGAGGACGAUUAUCGCGAGUUCGGUCUCCCUGACGAUUUCAACCAAGAAACCGACUAUUCCGCCGCCGUGGACGGUUGGGACGGAUGGUUUCAGAACUUCAACUGGACCCAGUACAUCGCAGGAGACGACGUUGCCGAAGAGUUUUUCCGACGACCAUCGAUGGUCCGAAACGGAAUGAGUCUUCAAGAGCGACUCGAGUACCGAAAAUUCAAAACGCUCAAGCUCAUGGUCAUGUAUCUCCAAACUUUGCCGCUCUUCGGAAAAUUCUGCUACUACGGCUGCUAUUGCUUUCCAAAUGUCGGGGAGGACUUUACUGUUGGAAGAGGAACCCCAGUUGAUGAGGUUGACAAAAAAUGCCGCGACUUUUCAAACUGCUACAAAUGUGUCAAGAACGACUUCAAGGAGACCUGCAAGCAUACACAGCCCUAUUCUUUCGAAGGGCGAGAGGACCCGGUUACUGGAUCGAGAUAUCUUGUCUGCAAAAACACCCCUGGAACAUGCAGAAGAUCCCUGUGCGAAUGUGACAAGCGACUUGCUGAAGAACUUUCCGCCAACGAGUGGUUCUGGGUUCCGAUGAAUCACAAGAACUGGGGUGGCUUCCAGAAAGAAGAAAGCUGCCGAUCCGCAAGUGGUGGUUCUUCAAGCCGAUCGGUGAUGGAAAAACAGGAGCCAGUGUACCGAUGUUGCGGCAAAUACCCAGACCGAUUUCCCUUCCAGUUCCAGACUUCUAGCGGCGAGCAACGAAGAUGCUGCUUGGGAAAAACUUACGAUCCAAAGACCCUCGAGUGCUGCAACAAAAGACCGACUCCUGGCAUCACUUCGAUUGGAACUUGUGGACUCAUGUGA